AUGGAUGAGCAAGAUCUCCACCAUCUAGACGAUCAGUUAAGGGCGAUCCGCGUUGAUGAUGGCCCACGGCUCCAACCGCUCAGGCUCGACAAGAUGUUUCUUCGGGCACAUCAGUGGCGAGGGUCGACAUCAAAUACCACCGAUACCUCCAUCCAACACAAGUCGCCGCCGACUCCCCCUCGAGAGCCUCCCAUCUACCCGCUUCCAAAGUCGUAUGAGUCAUCAUCUGCGACUCUAGGCGACACCUCGGCCACCCGGGCCACGGAUCAGGUAUCGCCUUUGGCGGCCUUGUUCCAAUACGCCGAGCUGGUGCCACUGGUACUGGAAAGUUUCGAUCAACCCAGGGACUUGGCCAAGAUAUGUCGAGUGUGCAAGGAGUGGUGCAGUAUCGGACGCAAGCAAAUGUAUUCACAUGUAUGGGUACGGCCUUGGGAAGAGGCGCCACACAUGAAGCUUGUAAUGCUCUUUGAAACGCUACACAAGCGCCCAGAGCUUUGUCGCCUCGUUCGUCGUUUGGAGGUCCGAUUCUUCCCUCUCGCUACGCGUGGAGAGGCGAGGUCCGAGUUGGACGAUCGUGUACAGCUUGCCAUAUCUCAUAUGGACAACCUUACAUCCAUCGCAUGGACGAGAGACAAGUCACUCAACUCCGCCCUCUUUGUUAGCAUGAUCCGCCUUCCGCAUUUGUCCUCGUUUGAGAUAUCGGGACACUCCUACAGGUACUAUGAUCCAGCAUUGUUAUCUGCCGCACCCGCUCUUGAAGACCUCAGGAUCAUGAUGCCAGAUCCGCAUUUGAAGGGUCGAUUGGUAGACGUCCUAUCGAAACUUUCAUCAAGAGACAACACCGAUGGGAAGGGUGCUGGUUUGAAAAGCUUGGGGAUUGUCUGCCAGGAAUCCUCUCUGAUAGACGACGACCUGCUCCGGGCAAUGGCCCCGUACCUGACAAGUCUCCGUCGCCUUACGUUCUGGGGCUGCACCCAUGUGACGAGAGCGGGCAUCACUACCAUCCUGGAAGAGUCCAGUGAGAAGAUUGAAGAACUUUCUCUCGAUGCCCCACCCCAAUCGCAGCUCCUCAACCUCACCAAUCUCCCGGAAUUACCUCUACUUCACACAUUGUCCAUAUCCAUCACAGUCCCACGUCGAGAGAGUCCUGAACACCAAGACACUCUUUUGUCGGACCUCCCUUCCCUACCUUCCUGUCCCUCUCUCAGAUCUCUACACCUUACUUCAUCGCCGGGGAGACCCUUUUUGACAGCCGAGGUGUGGAGGACAUUCCAGGCCCAGAUGAUCGGCGGCAGCUUACACAAGCUCUCGCUGAUAGGUAUCGUUCUCAAGGACGCCGCUGCGCUGGGCCAAAUCCUAGCUUCCAAUCCUGAUCUAGAUGAGCUAUAUCUCACGGCUCUUCACCCGUCUUUCUUUGACCCUACUUUAUCAUCCAGCGUCUCUCCAUCGGCGAAGGACUUGCUUGCCUCGGCGCAGCUGCGCAUCGUGCAUGUGAAUUUCAUUCACAGCUCGCCUGUCACCACGACGAGGGGCAGCUUGGCUCACUUCUGGAGAAACAUCAUUGGUACGCAAGGGAGUGAUAGCAUACUAGGGGCCACUGUUGAGCAGGUUGGCUGUGGGAAUGUGAUAUUGGAAGUCCACAAACGCUUGAAUGGCGAUGGGUGCCGCGAGGUAGAGCUCUGUAGAUGGUCAAAGACUGUCGUGCCAGGAUAUUUCAAUGUCUGGCGGGCGUAA